AGACUAGCUAGCAAGCAGCUAAACACCCGGAGCGAUUUUGGACAAUGCAUGUGAUCCUCCCCAACCCAUCGGCGGUUACGGGAGUGGAAUAAAGUCAAAAGCACAUUCUAAGUUUUGCUUCAAUGUGCUUUACUUUGAUGUUAGACGUAUUGCAGCCCGUUUUUGGACUAGUAUCAUAUGAGCGCAACCGAGGAGACGACAUCGAAGUUCAGUCAGGCUACCUGUGUUUACUAACAUGGAUAGUGUGAUAACGGAGGAUAUCCGUGAGUAUGCUACCAGAGACCACGCAAAAGAUGUUGGGAACUGUGUUGACCCUCAUUUUCGGUUUCCGUAGAAUAAUCUAAUUCUAAAAACUGAAAUCGGAUCGCUGUAACAGUCAGUCAGCCGGUGCCCGAAGAAUCGACAACAGUGGCGGCGCGAGGCAGCUGAGGACUGUGGAUGUUAGCUAGCCUACGAUAAUGACUCUUCUGCAGGACUAGAAGUCUAUUUUGUCACAGAUAGAAACUAGGCUGCCUGGUUUUAUUUUUUAUUAUUAUUAUUUUACUGUUUUAACCAAGCAUGGACUUCUCGUUUAUAAACUCGGAGGGGGCUUAUAUAGGCCAGAGCCCCGGUGAAGACCCCGGGGAACCUGCAGGCUUCUCCCCAAGCCCCAAGGCGCUGCAUUCGGCUACAUUACUGGAGGGGAAAGUGGAAAGAGACAACAAUGAAUGUGGGUACGAGAAUGCGUCUUCGGGAUCAGACACGGGAGAGGAACAAGAGGAAGGACUUCAGCGGCCUUCAUCAGUGUCAGGCAGUUCCGACGGGGAAGGUUCUCAGGACGGUCCUGAACCACCAGAGACAUCAAUGGGAGAUCGGCAGGUCAAAAUGGAGGAAGAGGACGACUGGCAGGAAGACAGCGAUGACUACCAGACCAUUGCAGGGACUGACGCAGAUGGGGAACCACCUCAGCAGACAAACGGAAAUCCUGAAAAACCAUACCCGUGUACAGUUUGUGGAAAGACUUUUACGCGGAACUGCGACCUCAUUCGGCAUCAGAGAAUACACAGUGGCGCGAAGCUAUACGCAUGUGCAUCGUGUGGCAAGACGUUCACCAGGAAAGACCACCUCGUGAAACACCAUCGCAGGGUCCACACUGGACAAAAACCAUACCAGUGUACCACAUGCGGAAAGGAAUUUCAGCGUAGUCAGCACCUCAAGAGUCAUAUGAUGGUCCAUGCCAGAGAGGAGGAGCCGCAUCAGUGCAAGGCCUGUGGGAAGACCUUCACUCGAAACGCCAAUUAUGUACUUCACCUGCAAAUGCCCCCUGGUGCAAGAUCGUGUCGAUGCAGCACCUGUGGAGAAGCCUUCGAGCUCCCCUGUCUGUUGAGGAGACACCAGAAAAUCCACACUGGGGAAAAGCACCACGUGUGUUUCACCUGUGGGAAAGGCUUUGCCGAUGCACACCAGUUGAAGAUUCAUGACAGAACCCAUACUGGGGAAAAGCCAUACCAGUGUACACAGUGUGAAAUGGCUUUCACACGUAGGUGUGACCUCAACAGGCACCAGAGAGUCCACACUGGUGAAAAGCCAUAUCAAUGUGAUGUUUGUGAAAAGGCCUUUGCGCGAAGAAGCCACCUAGAGAAGCAUGAGAAAACCCACACUGGAGAAAGACCAUACGAGUGCACCAUUUGCGGAAAGGCUUAUCGAGACAAGUGGUUACUCACGUGUCACAUAAAAACGCAUACUGGUGAAACACCAUAUCAGUGUACCACGUGUGGAAAGAGUUUCACUGCGAACGCCAGCCUCGUCGAGCACCAGCGUACUCAUUCUGGAGAAAAACCACACCAGUGCACAGUCUGUGGAGAAGCCUUUGCUCACCGCAGCUCUUACAGGAAGCACGUGAAACUCCACACAGGUGAUAAGGACCAUGUGUGUCCUACAUGUGGCGUGGGCUUCAAUAACAUUGACGACAUGAUGAGACAUCUAAGAACCCAUGCAGGAGAAGAAAAACCAUACGACUGCAACAUGUGUGGUGAGACCUUCGCCCAGGGCAGUGCCCUCAAGACCCACAUGCUCACUGUCCACGCCGGAGAAAAAACUCAUCAGUGCGGCGUAUGUCCGAUGGCUUUCUCACGCAGCUGCGACCUGAAGAGACACCAGAUGAUUCACACUGGAGAAAAGCCAUACCAGUGCGCAACGUGCCCCCAGGCCUUCUCAAGACGGAGCCACCUGGAGAGACAUGAGAAAACUCAUACAGGAGAGAGGCCGUGCGAGUGUACAGUGUGUGGGAAGGCCUUUCGAGACAAGUGGGAUCUCAGAGAUCACCAAAAGACGCAUAAUAUAGAUCAGAUAAUAGAUAAGAUAAAACAUGAUGGUGAAAUGUCCACACUAAUGUAAUGUAGUGUGUUGUACGUAACGUAGCCUCAAAAGAGCGUCUUUGCCUAAAAGAUGUCAUUGCCUUGAACACGUUUCUUAAUCGUCAUUGGAGCUGCUCAAAGUUGAUUGCUUCCUGACAAAGUGGAUGGGGUUCCAGAUUUCUCCGGAGCUCAGACAUAAUAAUUGUAUUGCUCCUGGCCGGUCUAAUGUAGUGUGUGUGUAAAGGCCUUUCCCUUUGUACUGCUUGUUUUUUUUAACUGUGUGUGCAGAGGUGACUGUUAAUAUUGUUUGGAAGGAAUAGGAGACUUCUCUCUCAGCCAACAGUACAAGUACAUCGGACUGAUUCAGUAGUGGUUUAAGAAAAUUGAGUCAUUAUUUAUAUAUUUCUUUCAAUAUUGAGUGAGGAGGAGGGCCGGAUGUGGCCUCUCUGUUAUAUAUGGUAGCUACGGCUGUAACAAUACACCCAACUCACAAAUCGAUUCGUACCACCAUUUUUGACCUACCGUUUGAUACACCACAAUUUUUUUGAUAAUCAUUUAUGGCUAGAGUAGGUGUACAACAGGCUACUGAUGUUUUUUUUUUCAGUUUGAAAAUUAUAAUGAUAUUGAUGUCACGCUUGGAAGCAUCAUCAUCAUCAUCAUGUGUGGUUGUUUCCUGGACUGAAGGGUAACAGAACUAUGAAAGGACGUAUCAUAAUACUGACUUCUUGCAUCAUGAUACAGUAUCAUGACUCUGCAUAUCACGAUUUCUGGAUUCGAUACAAUAUUGUUACAGCCCUAAUGGUAGCCUAUGAAUAUGUAAUGUAUGAAGUAAGUGUAAGUAACGGCUUUGGUAGCACAAGCAAAGAAUUUUCUAGUCGUGUAAGACACAUCAAGCCCAUGCAUUUCUUGGAUCGAUGUGAUGUCAGGUGAACGCCCCUUCAGGAGAACUUUGGAGACUGAAGGUUGAGAAUAAAUGGAGUUCCCUUACCGCUGUGGAUGGCUGUAGCGCACAUCUGAUGCAAGUCAUCACCAAAGCCACAAAAAUAGAAGAAGGAGGGGACAAAGCCCCCUUAGGAGACCGAACUUUGAAUGUCUUUACAUUGGGUAGGCAGGGUUUGGGGUAUCUUUAGCCCUAUUCCGACGGGACUAGUUUGAGGGGGGGACUUCCUGUAAAACGGUCCGGAGAAAUGACCCUUGGUAAUACUAAUCCCGUCCGAAUGCGACCCUAUGUUAAGAUGUGUGGUUAAGUGCACGAAAUGUACAAUAUAUCCAAUCUCUCCGGGCUUGCAAACAUUGCGGCCUUGCCGUAAACCAGUAAUUUUGACUCAGGGAGUUGCUCCAAGCUGUGUUUGCUGCCAAAAUCAGGCAGCAUGGUCAAACUCUCCAAAUGAAAGGACACGCAUGCAGACGCAUUAGAAUGGAUUUUGAAGGUUUAGUAAACCAACAGGCAAUUAUUAGAAUUGUUCCACGGGACCAAAUAGGUUAAUAUGCUCAAAAAUCAAUAAUAUAUUGGAGUUGUCACACGCAUGGUGACAAGUGCAGUCACAACGGUGCAUGAUGAGUAACCCCUCCUACUUUCUGUUAGUUAACUGAGAUAUUUCAAUACAGUCCGAAUCGGCCAUUUCUAUUACCCAUGUCCUGAGAUAAAAAUCACAUUUCCCCAUGUUCUUACUUAAAACUAGUCUCGUCAGAAUAGGGCUUAACUCUGCUAGACAAUUCUGUGGCGCAACUGUAUUUGUUGUUUGUUUACCAUUUUCAUUUGUCUUUGCAAUCAACCUUUAGGUAAGCCACAUAUUUUUAAUUCAGAUUUAAGCUAUGAAAUAAGUGAAAUAUUACCCAAAGAAAGUUUGAUUUGUUGGGCUAGUUUGUAUGAUGAAAUAUGUUUUGUGAAUGAAUGAAAGUGAUUUGUGAAUGUAGCAUGUAAUAGCCUUUUAGAAAGUUUUUUUUUUUUACUCUUUGAAAACCUGAACAUUUGAGUCUUCAAAAUCAAUCCUUUAGAUGUGUGAUUCAGGGGUCCGUUUCUCGAUUCUUGUCGUUGCUAACCGUCUUAAGACCGUCUUACCAUUCCCUUGGAUUUAGUGGUGAGUGUCGCUGUCGAGAGAGGGUUGAGUCGCUCUUACGAAGGCCGAUGCUACCGUCGGUAUCAAAGACACUUUCGAGAUACGGACCCCUGAUUCGGAUUCUGUAUGCAAAUAAAUAAAUCAACCAUCAUCAAUCCCGAACCCCUUCUGUGUCCGUCAGAGUCAUUCGCUAACGGCUGUGCUCCCUGUUAGCUGCCCACUCACACAACAGCCAAUAGGAAGUGCAAGAGUCCUGCAAAAUGAUCCAGUUUGCUGACCCAUAAUUUUUGCAGAGAAGUUCAGCUUGUUAAGUAAACAGAUAGUUUUGAGCAGUUCCAACACACACCUGUUUGAUGUGAAGUGUAAAAGCUUCAGGGAAGACUGCCAAUCAUACAUGAUGUGCAGGGAAUGUGUGAAGACACAUGUACCCGUUGUUUACAGACACAUUGCCAUUUCGUCAUUGUCACAUAUUGAGAGAUUGGAUGAUAUUGUGUUGGGAAAUGACCCAGACUGGAUUCGAAACUGCCUCCCCCUGAGCAAUGUUGCCCGUAUGUGGUAUGGUGACUUAAAGAUAUAAGAAAUAGCUUUUUGUAUUUACUUGUGUUUAUUUUUUUAAUUAAGAAUGCCAUUACUAGAAAAUGGCUGCUGAUAAUAUAUACAGAAAUCUUAGCUCACAGGACAUGUAGUUCGUUGGUUCAGUUAUUUACAGGGCAACUCAUCAAUGGAGCAUAUACCUCAUAACAUUAUUCAGCUGAAUUCCCAUACCUUCAAAUAACAAAUCAGAAAUCAAUAUAUGAAUGCCAACUUAACGUGAUAGUUUUCUUGUUUUUUCUUUCCCUUUUCUUUGCUCUGUCUGAUAUGUUAUUGAUUUUUUUGUGAUGAUUUAUGAGGAAAACAUUCACAAAUUGUCUGCAUUAUUUUUAUUAUUAUUAUUUACUUUUUCCAUGUAAGUUAGUAUGUACUGUACUGUACGUAGGGCAUGUCCACUGCCAUUUUGGUUUGCUUAUAUUUGUGUUUUUCAAUGGUGACUAUGAAUGACUACAGGAAGAAUAGUUGCCGGCGCCGCAAUGCAAAAGCUAACAGGGAUCAAAUAAACAAACAAAUGUCAGAAUCGAAGUAAUCAUUAUUGCAGUUUCCAAGAUGAUCUGAAAAUGAAAUAAAAAAAGCUUAAAUUUA